UGCGUCUUCGACGAGACGAGAUGAUGGCUCGUGUCAUGCUACUGUCUUCGAGUUUGAUUCUUUGUAAAAAUUCCAAGCACCACUUUUGGGGAAUGCAAGCAACGGAAAGAGUUACAGAAUGACUUCGAGUAGUACAAGACUUCCAGAGAAGAAAAGAGUUCAAUUUCGUCCCGCCGGAUUAUAAACAGCAUACGCUUUUGCGAUCCACGCUCCCGUCUUUCGCUGGGACAAUAUAGAGGACAAGGCAUUCACUUCGACUGCAGCAAUGUGCUUCAUUUGAUCUGAACCCAACUGAGCUGAUGAUCAAGAGCUAGUGGGUUCUCCCCUGCCGAUCGAGAUUAUUCAGUCCUCGUUGACACUCUCCAACCAUACGUGCAACUCUGGUAAGCUGCAUUUUCUUCAUCCUUCCUUCAUAGAGAGCAUGGCAGAAGCAAUACUUGGAGGCGUCGCACAGGAUUUACUGGAAAAGGUAAUCUCCCUGGUUGUCAGUAGAGCUUCCUUGGCUUGGGGCGUCAAGGAUGAGCUCCGUAAACUUGAAAGGACUCUUGCCAAGAUCAGAGCAGUCAUUGCAGAUGCUGAGAAGCGGCAGUCCAGCGAGCAGAGAAUUCAAGUCUGGCUAGAGGAUCUUAAAGAUGUCCUGUAUGACUCCGAAAAUGUUCUGGAUGAAUUUGAGUGUGAAGAACAGCGAAAGCAAGUCAUUAAGCAAGGGAAAGUGCUCGGGAAGAGACGUCCAUUCUUUUCCUGCUCCAAUCCACUCGUCUUCCGGCUUAAGAUGGGCCUUAAGAUCAAGGAGAUAAGAACAAGAUUGGAUGAGAUUAACAAAGAGAAGGAUGCCUUCAAUCUUAAUACGCAGACUAGCUCCGGCAGCAGUUCUCGUAGCGGAUGGCGUGAAACUCAUUCACAUGUGAAUGUGUCGAAAAUCAUUGGAAGAGACAUUGAUAGGGAUGAGAUCAUCAAGAAACUAUUGAGCCCUCCUGCCGACAAUAAUCCCUUCAUUGUCUCGAUUGUUGGAAACGGAGGGAUGGGGAAGACGGCACUGGCCAAGUUGGUGUACAACGAUGACAUGGUAAAACCACACUUUGAUUCGAGAAUCUGGGUGUGUGUAUCUGAAGAGUUCGAUCUGAAGAUUACACUGCAAAAGAUUAUCAAGUCAGCAACUGGGGAGUCAACGACCAUUCAUCUUUCAGACCUGGAGCAACUGCAGCAAAAAUUGCAAGAGCUCUUGAAAUACAAGAAAUUUUUGCUUGUACUGGAUGAUGUAUGGAGCGAUAAUCGGGAUCAAUGGAAUGACUUGACGCAUCUUCUUACAUGUGGCACUACAGGUAGCAGUGUCAUCGUGACAACUCGCAGCUCGGAAGUUGCAUCUGCUGCGGGUUCUCAUUAUGAGCACAAGUUAAAAGGGCUUUCGAAAGAUGACAGUAUCACCAUACUCAAGAAGGUUUCAGAAUCUGAGCAUGGCAGAGUAACGAAUCCUGAGUUCCUGGAGAGUGCGAGGAAACUUGUCGACAAAAGUGGAGGUGUGCCGCUCGUGGUAAAAGCUCUUGGAGGCUUGCUCCGUUCUAACACCGAUAGAACACGCAGGAGAACUAUCCAAGAUAAAGAUAUCUUGGCUGAGCUACAAAAGGAGGGUGAUGUCUUAGCAAUUCUCAGACUGAGUUAUGAUAAUUUGACAGUUGAUAUGAAGAGAUGUUUUGCCUUCUGCUCACUUUUUCCCAAGGAUUGUGAGUUUUUGGACUUUCUGCUAAGCAAUUAUUGGAUAGCAAGUGGACUUAUCAUAAAUAAUAAUCAUCUCGUGAAAGAGUUUUUGGCAAGAUCCUUCUUCCAAGAUGUGGAGAGCAUCGGUGCAGUGUACAAAUUUAAAAUGCAUGAUCUAGUACAUGAUCUUGCAUCGUCCAUCGACCCGAAGGAGUAUUCAGUCGCAAAAUUUGACACUGCAAGCAUUUCGGAUAGAGCGCGACAUGUGGCGCUCUCUUACAACUCCGACAACGGAACGGAAUGCGUCCCACCAUUCUUCUUGAGCCAAGCAAAAAAUUUGCAAACCCUCCUUUGCACGUCAAGUGGUUUGGGGAUAUCAGGGGAGGUUUUGAAAGCAUGCAUCUCUAACUGUAAGUAUCUGCGAGUACUAGACUUGAGUAAUUCCACGUUUGAGGUGCUGCCAGAUAAUAUUGAUUCCUUGAGACAUCUCAGACUCAUAAACCUUUCGGGAAAUAUCAAAAUCAAGCGACUUCCCAAAUCUAUUUGCAACCUGCAGAGCUUGCAAUUUUUACAUCUUCUUGAAUGUGAGAGCCUUGAAGAAUUGCCAAGAGAUAUGUGGAAGCUUAUCAAUCUCCAGGCACUGUCCGUAACCACGAAACAAGAAAGCUUAAAGAGCAGCGGCAUGGAAUACUUGAAGUCUCUACAAUCUUUCUUCAUUGUGGGGAGCGAGAAUCUAAAAACAUUGUUUGAAGGGAUGAAUAUGGAAAGCUAUGCUUCCCUUCGCGUGUUGAUGAUCGGUGAGUGCGAUAAUCUAACAUCCAUUCCCAUGAGCAGCUUAAAAUUUCUCACUUCUUUGGAGGUUCUAGCUUUUGAGGAUUGUGAAAAGCUCGAUUUGUCCAUGGAGGAGGAGAUAUUCUCCUUAUGCCUACGGACAUUGAUUUUUGAUGGUUUACCAAUGAUGUUGACGUUUCCCAAAUGGGUCCAAGGAGCUGCUAACAGCUUACAGUACCUAGAAAUCCGCAACUGUCGACAGCUGGAGGAACUGCCCGAGUGGCUACAUGAGCUCUCGUGCUUGGAAACACUUGUAAUUGGUGGAUGUCAUGUCAUAUCAACCCUACCAGAAAAAGUUCAAGAUCUCACUGCCCUCAAAUGUCUAAGGAUUUCUUUUUGUGGUGAGCUGGGUGGCAGAUGUCGACCGGAUGGGCCAGAUUGGCACAAGAUAGCUCACGUUCCGGAUAUCGAAAUUAAUGAUGAAAAGAUCGUUCGAUAUUAGUUGAAUCGCAUUCGAAGGAUUUGGAUUUCGCUCAUUUCACAGUCUCCUCCAAGCAACAUCCGUUGGUUCUCAGUUUCGCUCGUGAUAAUACUCUUCCAUAUUGUCGGUGACGAAAGUGGAAGUAGUAGCUUCGUCACCAUAUGUACGUGAUUCUUUUAUCAUUUUAAACUCUCGUAACCUGUUCUAUGUCUGCCUUAUUAAGAAAACUUGUAUGAGCUACCAUAUGUGCUCGAAACUGGUUUAUGGGCUUGUAUUUGCUAUAUGCUUGAGAUGCUCCUAUCCUGUUCAUCUGUUCUGUUGUAUGCUAUGUCAGCACCUGGACUAUUGGCUUGUAUUCAAAGACCCUGAGUUGUCUGUUACAUGAUAUGUUCUGUCAAUUUAAUGCGACAGACAUUUGCACGA